UUCCAGAAGUUCGCCCGGCGAAAUUACUUGUCAAAACCAUAUGUUCACGUCACCCAGCUGUAAAUAGCGUCAGAUGUUGUUUUGAAGUUCUUGUGUGCCUCUCCCGUUGUUUCGUGCGAAAGGAAUUGUCGCGUCCUUGAUGUGUCGCAAUGGUCGUCGGCGCGUUUCCAGCUGCCAAGUUAGGUGUUCUCGCCCUCAAGCAAAUCAGCAAACCCAUAGCCAACGUCCUCAAGAAUCGAGCGAAAAACAAUGAGUUUUUCCGCAAGUAUGUCUGCAUGCCGCCGGCACAAUUCUACAACUGGGUAGAAGUCACGACCAAAAUGUGGGCAAUGAACUUGGGAAAACCAAUGAAGGUGCCUCAGUUGAAUGAAGCCAUGGCCAUCGAGCUGGGAGCCAACCUAUUGGGCGAGUUCAUCAUUUUCUCAAUCGGAGCUGGUCUUCUUAUAUUCGAAUAUAGAAGGCAAAGUAAUAAGGAAGCCAAUAAGGAGGAGCAAAUACUUCAAGAAAAACUAGCCCUGCAGGCUGCUUUCGAUGAUAUGGCAUUUCGCAUUGAAAAGCAGGACGUGCAACUUAGAGAACUUAGGCGUUUAAUAUAUUCUUUAGACAAUAAAGCAUGGGUUAGUCGAAAGCUUGAUCCAAAGAGAGAGCCUGAAGUGCUGAAAGAGCUCGAAGAACCACAUCCGCACGAUCGUAUUAAAUUAUUCCCUGAUACGCCGCCGGCAUCACCUUCUGACCAAUCAUCUGAAACUUCAGUCAAAGCAUCGCCUUCUCCAUCAUCAUCGAACACGAGUACACCCGAUCUCAAACAAACUCACUCUGGUAAUUACAACCCAGAGAAUGGUUUAAUAUUUCGAGCACUAAACAUGAUUGAAAAUGAAAUUUUUUAUAGAGAUGAAACAGAAUACGAACGCAAAAGUGGAAUCGUCACGAAAGCUUUAAUGUACUUGGAAUAUUUUUGAAAGUAUUUGACUAGCUCUUUGCUAAGGCAAUUGCAUAAGGAUAACAGCAAGAUAAUGUAGAUAAGCGUCGCACCUCUAUUUAUCUGAUAAAUAGAAUGUCAGUAAGAUGGUUCAUCCAUUAGUGCAUAAUUUUACAUCCUAAAGUAAAAUCGUGACCCUUUUUCAUAUUCCCCUUUAAACUUAAGCAAAAUGAAUUGUUCAUAUUUUGUAUUUAAAAUUCCUUUAAAUAUUCAAGGUUUCGUUAAGGGUUCCGUUAGGAAUUUUAGUGAAUUUAUUUUAGACCGUUGUAUUCUGUUGAUGGAGUUGGUACACGAAGCUUCGACUUAUGAGAGAAGGAAUAAAGUUUGAUGACGUUGAAAACUAUUUUACAAUGUAGUUGUUUGUUGUUAGUAGUAAAUUAAAUGUGGAUUAUACAUAUACGAA